UACAAGUGCACAUGUGUAGUCUUUUAUUGAAGGUAUACUGUGCUCAGCAGAGUCAUUUUUUUCUUAAAGAAAGUAAAGAUGACUAGCGGAAACGCAUGAUAUUGUCAUGAUUAGCGAGUCAUGACGUUCGUUGAACACGUCGGCUUAAGAUUUGAAUCAAGGAAAUUUCCUGGCAGAUUGAAAAUGUUUCGAAACUGGAAGAGGAAGCUUGCUUAUGCAUGUUUUGUUCAUCCUUACAGAGCGAGGAGAUCGUGAAUCAAGUGAAGCUCACGAAAAUUCUAAAAACCAUGUGCGACUUCGAGUUUAACCGCUCAAGGGAACACUGAAUUUUUGGACUAAAAUGGCAAAUCAUUUGCACUUCCAUAAUAUCUCCAACCGAUCGCUAGUAGAAAAUGAGAAAUAUCUGCUACAAGAGUUUGACAUUGGACGAUGCAUCCCUUCCGUUUGUUUGAUCUUUUUCUCGCUAUUGACGAACUCCAUUGUCGUCAUUUCUUACUCUUUGAACCACAAGAUGCGAACUACAACAAACACGAUGGUUUUGAAUCACUGCCUGGUGGACAUUCUCCUUGCCCUAUCGGAUAUUGCUUUUUAUCUCACACCAGCUUAUAUUCCAAGGCUUACGAAUAGCUACCUAUUUUGCGAAUUGUCGGUUUCUCUCGAUAGCCUGCUCAAGGCGGCGUCGAUCCUGAGCAUGAGUGGAAUAGCCAUCGAUAGAUACAUAAACCUGUUAAGACCUAGAAAAAAAAUGACAAAAAAGCAAACUGUAGCGUCCUUGAUAUGGUGCUGGAUGCAAUCUACAAUUGUAGCGAUUCCGUGGCACGCAAACUCUCUUAAGCAUCGAUCUGAAAACUCUCUCAGUCAGCUGGCUCUAGUUUGUCACACUCUUCCUCGCCUAUUUGAGGCGGGGAUGCCGUCGACUGCCUUGUCCAUUUUUCACAAGACUGUGUGCGUAAUGAUUCCUCAAAUGUGCAUCUAUUACGUUUCAUGCCGCGUUUUCAGCGCUCUGCGGCGAAGACGGAGGGUGAAAAUAAGAGACAGUUUACUUAGAGUUACCACAUGGCCCAAUUCCGCGAAUAGUUUUGUUGCACGUGCUCAGACAAAGUCGCCGAUCACUGCUAUGGUCCUGUUUCUGCUCUACGUACUUUGCACAGCACCGUUCGUUGUAGCGAUAGUUUGGACGAUGUUACCGGAAAAUCAGGUCCUUUCCUCAGGAGUGGCUUUCACUGUAUACUUCUUCUUUCGUCUCAAGGGAUCUUUAUUUCCGGUGCUGUAUAUUCUAAGAAACCGUGUAGUUUUAAAUUCGCUGCAGAGAUUUACGUGCUGCUCGAAUUUCUCAAGAUUUCAGAGCUGUGGAAUCUCAUUCGAUAAGCGUAAUUCAGGUAUCAACUCCUCCGGGUGGAACUGUGUUACAUCUAAACAAAUAGCAACAAAGGGUUUUCGACGGCGGGAACCCAUGCGGAAAGAAUCAAGUGCCUUCUACUCAAUCAAAAGUGCUAACGUAGAAUUGAACUUCACUGAUCUUAAAACUGCAACUGGAGAUUCUUCAUAAGGGGACGA